AUUAGGAUAUACAAUUAUGUCAUUCCCAUGUGCAAAUACAUGAAUGGACAGCAUCAUGAUCUUCACCUAUAUAAAAUGACAACAAAUACAAAUCUGCUUCAAUCACUCUUCACCAUGAAGUUCCCUUCCACUGAGUUUUCCACUGGAAAGAGCACCAACAGAAAGCUACUCCUGCUGUCCCUUUCUCUGAUUUUUCUCACCAUAAUCCCUCUCUUUCUGUUGAAGAAUCUGCGGCGGCCGCCUCUAGUAGCAUCUCCGACUGUUGAUAUCAGUGAUUUGAUAAGCAGAGAAAGAGUGAAGGAAUGUGAUAUUUUUGCUGGGAAGUGGGUGUCUUAUCCCAGAGGGCCUGCUUACUACACUAGUUCGACUUGCAAUUUGAUCAUUGACCAGCAGAACUGCAUGAAGUUUGGGAGACCUGAUACAGACUUCAUGAAAUGGAGAUGGAGACCAGAGGAAUGCGAGCUACCUUUCUUUAAUGCAGGGCAGUUCUUGGAGCUUGUUAGAGGGAAAUCAAUGGCUUUCGUUGGUGAUUCUGUGGGAAGGAACCAAAUGCAAUCAUUAUUGUGUCUUUUAGCCAGUGUGGCCCAUCCUGAGGAUGUUUCUCACAUAUAUGCAACAGACACAACAUAUUUCAGAUACUGGUUCUACUCUGAUUACAAGUUUACCUUAGCGACUCUGUGGUCACCUUUCUUGGUUAAAUCCUGCGAUGCAGACCCGAAUGGUCAUUCCCUCAACAGCCUGAUGAAUCUUUACUUAGACCAAGCUGAUGAAGCAUGGGCAAAUCAGGUUGAAAAUUUCGAUUAUGUGAUCAUCUCAGCUGGGCAGUGGUUCUUCCGCCCUCUGAUAUACUACAUGAAUGGUCAGAUUGUGGGUUGUCACAACUGCUACAACGAAAACAUUACUUCUGUGACUAAGUACUACGGGUUCAGGAUGGCUUUCAGGACUGCUUUUAAAACACUUCAAAGCUUAAAAGGGUACAAAGGAAUUACAUUUCUAAGGACAUUUUCUCCAUCACAUUUUGAGAAUGGGGAGUGGAAUGCAGGAGGGCAUUGUGCAAGAACAAGGCCUUUCACCAGUGAAGAAAUGAAAUUGGAUGGAUACACCUUAGAAUUCUACUUGACACAAGUUGAGGAACUAAGGAAAGCAGAGAGAGAAGGUAAAAAGAGAGGUCCAAAAUUUAGGCUGCUAGCUACUACUGAAGCAAUGGUGCUAAGGCCAGAUGGGCAUCCAAACUAUUAUGGGCAUUCUCCACAUCGGAAUAUGACCAUUGCUGACUGUGUUCAUUGGUGCUUGCCAGGCCCCAUUGACACAUGGAACGAGUUUCUGCUUUAUAUGAUGAAGAGGGAAGCUCAGAGAUCUUUUCUUUCAAAGCUGCAGAGAAAUGCUUAACGUUUAUAUAAAUACAUACAUUGUUAUUUAUUAUUUGUUGUGAACGAUAUUGAGUAUUUUUGUACUGUAACGAUUUGUUAUUUAUACGUAAUUAAAAGCUGAGAGGUUCUGAGAA